AGCAGCAGUGUGAGUCCACACUCUCUGCUGUCACAAUGCUGCUGCUGUCACCCAGCAGCCUGCGCUGCUCAGGAGUUAUUUUUGGAUUGCCACUGUGAUUUUCCUUCCAUUUGCAGGAAGGGGGGGUUGACAUGGACUCAGCAUGAACCUGCCGUUUUGACACUUCAGGCUGGGACAAGCAGGCAGCAGCUGGCUGGCCAGCACCAAAACAGCAGCCUUACAGGGGCCCUGCUUGGAGCACUUUGAGCCCUGCCAAGAUUUUUCACCUGGGUGCCUGAGCACUCAUGGCUAUUGCUUAUAGCACUGUCACCCAGCUGGGCCUGUUUUCCCAGCAGUAUCCGCCUCCCCUGCUGCCCAAACCUGGAAAGGACAAUGUUCGUCUUCAAAAGCUUCUCAAGAGGAGUGCCAAGAAAAAGGCUUCUGCUCAGACAUCGCAGACCGCAACAACGUUCCGCUCAAGCCUUUCCCCGGUGGACGAAGCAAGCCCUGACCAAGAGCACAGUGACCACUCACCCUCACCGCGAACACCGGAGAUAACCCCCAGCCUCUACAGCAUCCAGCCCCCCCCACGUUUCUCCGUCAGGCCGCUGUAUCAACACGUGGCAUCUCCAUACCCCCAAGCAAGAGCAAACAAGAUAUUCCCUCAACUGGUGACCACUCCAUCACAACAUGCCUCCACAGUCUCAUCAUAUUCUGCAAUGAGCCAGGGUCCCGGAGGUUUAACCUCAACAGGGCAGGUUGCCAUAUCGUCACAACCAUCUUCCUCUUUGCCUGAGGUGACUGUAACACUGAAUGAAUUUAGUACAUUUCCCGAGAAUUACGCUGGCCUUAAAUCUGCCACAACUGUAGCAACUGUACCUUCCAAGUCCAAAGUUCCAGGUCCAACUCCAUUUUCAAUACUAGCAGGUCAAAAUAUGGUUAGACCUCUCAUUGUGUUGACCCCACUUAUCAAAUCUAAAAGUCCACGGCCAACAUUUAAAGCAACUGAACCCUCAAAAUCUCCGAAGCCAAUGUUUGAUGUCCCCCAAAUAAGGAUGUAUACAGCAAGCACAUCAUAUUAUGAGACAUCUAGAACACCACCGGUUCAUGGCACAGCUGGGUUAACUUCCAUUGGCAGCACAGUACCUCAAAGUGCCACAUUAGCAGAAACAAAUCCUUAUUUGCCUCUACCAUCUGAGAUUAGAAGAGUUAAGACACCAACUCAUCAUCUCUCAUUAGAAACUAAUUCUGGGAGAAUAACGCCAAUUUCAGAAAUGAAAAGAGCAACUCCAUCAUCUGAAAUUAGAGGAAAACCAUCAACCCCAGUAAGCCUCACAGCUCAAGCAACUCAAGCUGUCUUUGAAAUCUCAAGGCAGGAUUCUCCAUUGUUCACUGUGUCACCUGUUACAGUACAUCCUGAAAAGUCAAGCACACACCAGACAGUUUCUACUAUUAGUAGUUCUUCUACUUUCCAAAAUGUGAAGCCUACAGAGCACCCUGAAACAUUAGCAAACGGUGAUAUCCAUCCUGACGUGAAACCUACAGCUAAACCAGUAGAACAAGGAAUUAAAAAGUCAAAGUCUGAGCCUGAUCUGAAAAGAGGAUCAAUCCUGACAAGUGUGAGCUGCCAAAGAGCUGAAACUCCUACAUUCAUGCCAUCGACACAAGUAGUGGCCAGUUAUCAGAGGCCAAAGACUCCAACCUAUGAAGCCUCUCGACUCAUGACCAGAUCACCUGGCUAUAAAAAGCCAAAGACAGCGCCAUAUGGCACUUCAGUUUAUGGUGUAUCACAAAAAGUCUUUCAAAGACCUAAAACGCCAGUUUAUCAACCGUCAAAGACUACCGAUCAAGAACCUACACCAGCGGAACAUGCUGACUCAACACCUCUUGCAAUUUCAGUUUCAGUAAUAACAACAAAAGAUGAGGUUAAAGCUAACAGAGAGUUAGCAGUAGAGAGUAUGCAGGAACCAUGUGUGAAGCAACAAUCUACAGCUGAGAUCUUUAAAGAAAAAGACAGCUCCUACAAUAAAAAAGAACCCCAGCAGGGGUCUGAACCGCUUGCUGCUGCCGCCUCAGUCCCAACCGCUGUUGUUUCCAAACGGCCUGACUCAUCAGUACCAAUGCCAAAGAAAGAGGCAGGCAUACUUACUGGUCUGGUUACAGCAAAACAGGACACAGUAAUUCAAGAAAAACAAAAAAUCCCAACAUCAGUCGGUAGAUUUUUAGAGAAACAGAAUAUGGAAACAAUAAUUCAAGAAACAAGACCAACAGCUGAGACGUCCGAGCCUCCUCCUCUCAAGGGUGGUGACCAAGAUCCGAUGAAGGCAGUAAAAAUGCUUUUAGCCACAGAUAAAGGCAAGACUGAUACAAAAAAAGCUGUAACUGAGACUAAAGCUGAUGUUUCAGUCCACACAAAAAUUGUACCACCUGCUUCUGACACUAAGAUCAAACCUAAAGGCACAGGGUCAGAUUCUGCAGCAGCUGCUCCGGCUGCUAGCAUCCCUGCAACAGAAUUAGCUGAAGACAAAGAAAAACAGAAAAAGAAGGAAACAACAGAAGUACCUCCAGCAGCAGAGUCCCUACUUAAAGCUACACAAAAGCCAAAGGGACUGAAAUCUAAAAUGACUGGAUGGUCGAGGCUCAAGAAGCACAUGGUGGUGGAACAGGAAGAGCCCAAAUUUCCAGAAAUCGUCUCUCAGAAAGAGGUCAGUGAGCAGGACCUGAGUGAGACAAGGCUGGAAGACAAGCCUGGCGAGAAGCCGAGUACACAAGAUGAGAAACAAACAGAAGCUGCUCCCAAGGCUACAAAAAUGUGGGACGCCGUCCUCUUCCAAAUGUUCUCCUCUAAAGAAAACAUCAUGCACCAGAUCGAGUUAAACAAAAGCGAAGAGGAAAAAAAAGAGGACAAGAUGAACGAGUCAAAGGAGAUUCCCUCAUUUGCGUACAGGCUGCCAGUCCUGCUUUUUAGUCCCAGGUUUGAUGCUAAAAAGCUUAAAGAAGCAGCGUCGAGACCCGUCACGAAAAUUUCUACCGUGUUUGAAAUGGGUCUGAUUGGAAGAAAAGGUGCCGAUGAGGAACCAAAAGACUUUAACAGAACAGCCAGAGGGUUUACUUCUACUUAGACCCUGGCUGAUGUGAAGAGUUCAGAGUAAAAACAGGUCCUUCAUUGAGCAGCAGAAAUAAUGUACAGGUCUAGUCUUAGUCUUUAUGUACACAAAUUAUUUUCUGGCUUGUUGAAGUAAAUUUUACUGCAACUCUAUACUUGACAAAUACUUUAUGUAGCUCUGACUGUAUGGUAGUUAGUGUUAGUAUGUUAAUUAGCUUGAAACAGUAACAUCAGAUCAAAUGUUUAUGUCAACUGAGAUUUGUUCUUUUUAUUCCACAUUUUAAAAAUCCAUAUUGCUAGCUUAUACAUUAUUUAUGCUCAAGGUUCUUUAAUAUUUACUAAAUAUGUAGUUUUACAGAUAAAAACAAUAAAAUUGAUACGACAAAUUA